AUGACGUCUUCGAUGUCAGAGCGAUCCCGCGCCUGUGUCAGGAAACUUAGAGAAGUAAUCUCCGCUUUGGCGAACCCAAGGUCCGCCGAUGAGCAUGUCAAACAAGUCCAGGUGAACGAGGAAUUGGACAGGUUCAUUCUUUUCGUUGGGAACAUUGGAGGUUUCCAUGAGCCUGAAUCACCGUUGUCUGUCGAUUCACGACUACGUGAGGCAAAAGAUGUGCUUGACCAUAUCUUAGGCCUCUUGGACGACCUGGUUGAAGCUGCGGAAGAGCUUCGCCAGAUUGUCUGUGGCGAAAGACAGGGUAUGACAUGUGGCCCUGGUGAGAACGAGGAUGGCAAAGAUUUGGGGACUAGCGAGGAAUAUGAGCUUCGAGACGAGAUUAGUGCAACUAUCACACGGCUCUUUAGAGUCACAGCCCUCGUACGACAGGCAGCGCCUACCGACCCUUUCGCCAAAGCUCUCAGUCGAAAUCGCUAUCGCUUCAACGACCAGUUCGAUAUUGCCCACGUGGGCCAGAGAUAUCCGAGUCUUGCUACGGAUGAUUACAUCUGGCUUCGUCAACGACUUGGGAAAGCUAUCACACACAGGCGACAUUAUCUAACUUACAUGCGAGACCACCGUGAUAAAUUGGAAGGAGAAUCCUACCAAGACGACGAGACAAGGGACGACACAGGAAGAUCGCACGUCCCUAUUACUGGUCAGCUGCAGGGUCUCGAUUUGAAGCAAGAUACUAUGAGCCGUCCUUCCUACUACACCAAGGCAACUACCAUCGUACCCGAACGGCUUGCGCUUAGUUCGUUAGAUGCAGAAGAGCCAGACUCAGAAGACGAUACUCGUUCAUACACAACCAUAUCUCGCUCGGUCGAUGAGAACGAUGAAACGUCUACCACCUUUCGUAUACCGAGGCUUGAGGACCUGCGUUCUGCUAGUGGAAAGGAAAUCGAGUGCCCCUUCUGCUUCCGAAUCAAAAGAUUCAAGAACGAACGUGUCUGGAGAAAACACGUCUUCUCUGAUAUCCGUCCUUAUGUAUGCACGUUCCCCGACUGCGAUGCGCCUUAUUUCGGAGACAUCAACAAAUGGUUUCAGCAUGAAAUGACGUACCAUCGAGUGGCCUAUAGGUGCUUUCUUUGUCCGGACGCCUUUUAUCGCCGAGAGAAAGCCUAUGUUGCGCACUUGAAGCGCAUGCAUUCAGACACCCUCAACCAAGCCGAGAGCGAACAGAAUAUCACUCUUGCUCGGGAACCGCUCUCCCAAAUUCCAGCAAUGGACUGCCCUUGCUGCACAGAUUGGGUCGACCGUUUGAGAGAACAUUCAGGCCUUACAGUUGGACUGUCGCCCAGUGAAGUCUUGACCGUAGAUCCAACAGCAUUCAAACGCCAUCUCGCUAAGCAUCUAGAGCAUCUCGCACUUUUUGCUAUACCGAUUAGCGCUGCAGCUGAUGAUCCAGAUAAUUCAACAGAUGUUAAUGAAGCCGAUGAUACGUAUAUGGAGUUCAGCGAAAGCUACGACCAUGAGGUGUACGCCCCAACAACCCAAAGUACUCAAGUGGUGUUGCCGGCAAUGAAGACCUCCCAAGCAGAGUCAUCGCCGAAGAGCAUUUCCCGAGCCACGCCGUUAUCAGCAGAGGCUAUGAAUCAAAACACAUCGCACACCCAUUCUCCCCCCAACUGGAUAUGGGACGAGCGAUACCAGGAUUACUAUUGCGUCACGCUUGAUGAGCAUCAACACCCGGUAUAUCACUGGGCUAAACAGCAGGCGCAGGCGGAUAUCAUCGACCUCUCUCGCAGACAGGACUCAGACGGCUCAAAGGUGGCUCAGAUGCCUGAUCCUGGUAUGUCACUGUUCUGA